GACGGACUGCGUUAGCCUGUUAGCCUGUUAGCCUGUGCGUCUGUUUAGUUCAUGUGCCGACCGACCGGCACAUCAUCGCUGGCAACAUCAACGUUGCACUUCACCGUCAACGUCGCGCUUCUGCUGCUGCUUUUCACCGCCCAGUCCUUGGUUGUAGCCCUACUGAGGGGGUGUUUGGUUCUUGUGGUGGGUGGAGUACCUCUCUCCAGCAGUCAUGUCGGGCUUCAAUCUGCUGCAUCUAAUAACCAAGAGCCAGCCUGUAGCUCUGAGGUCCUGCAGUCUUCCCUCAGGAGCAUGUAGGACUAAGAAGACAUGGCCAGUGAGCUUUCCUCAGGAGGAGCUGAGGAAGCGCCUCACACCGAUGCAGUACCAUGUAACCCAGGAGAGGGGAACUGAGAGUGCCUUCACUGGAGAGUUCGCACACCAUAAAGAUGAGGGGACCUACACUUGUGUUGUCUGCGGGGCCCCGCUGUUCAACUCGAACACUAAAUUUGACUCAGGAUCAGGUUGGCCAUCCUUCUAUGACCUCAUGAAGGAGGACUCCAUCAGUCAGUCAGAUGAUUUCUCCUACGGGAUGCACAGAGUGGAGACUACCUGCAGCCAGUGUGGAGCUCAUCUGGGUCACCUGUUUGAUGAUGGACCAAGACCCACAGGAAAACGCUACUGCAUUAACUCGGCCUCGCUGGCUUUCCAGCCCAAACACACAGCCUCCUCCGCCUCCGGCUCUGCUGCCGAGGGUGGAGCUGCCAGCAGCUCAGCGAGUGACGGGAAGACGGAGCUCUGAGAGAAAAACCAAGAACCACUGCAUGAUGUCUGUGCCUGUAGGGAGUUCACAUGCAUAAAAUAGGUAGUAUAGGUUCUGUGUUUUUGAUUUGCAGAGUGAAGAUGGAGGAAGUGGUUAUUUUGCGAAAGGGAUGAAGGCACUCAGGCCUCAGACACAGACCAGAUACAUACACUGAUGUCUAAUCUAUCACAAUGGAAGUGUACACUUCAUUGUGUAGCCACAGUCAAAGCUGCAAAACAAACUAUAUAUAUAUAUAUAUAUAUAUAUAUAUAUAUAUAUAAAACUUUUGAUAUUCCCACUAAAAUAUAUUUUCUGAGAGUAUAUUUUUGAAGUGAUAUUUGAUACUGAGAGGUUGUUCAAGGUUCAAGGUUCAAGGAGUCUUUAUUGUCCCCGUGGGGCAAAUUGCUCUACAGCCAGCAGUAACAAAAACAGGCAACAAUCACAAAAAAACAACAACAUAUUGCACAGAGAAAAUUGAUUGAUUGAUUUAUUGAAAUAUGCAAGAGCCCCUAUCAGCAUUGAGACAGGCAGAAACAGACCAUUCUCUGACAGAUAGCAUUUUAUUGUGGACAAGUAAUGCACUGUGGCCUUUAGGUCACUUCCUCUGUUUUUCCCCUCUUUAGUUCUUUACAUUAGGAAAUCUUUUCGGUUUUUGUGCACAGCUUGCAUUAAAAUAUUUAACGGGUGAAUAAAAUAUCUGGAAACAC